AUGCGGCCGGAAUGGUCAUAUGAGGUUACUUCGCUAGCGCUGGUGCUGGCGCUGGCGCUGGCUGUCCCAAAAACCAACGAUCGCGUCGUGGCUGCCGCUGCGACGAUGACAGCAGUGUGGGGCAACACUUUUUCUGGAGGAAACUGUACCUGUGCGCUGUGCGUUGGACAGGUACUUCGUCUGAGUUGGCGCCACGUGGUAACAGAUGCGUUAACCGGAUUGCCGAAGUACCGCGCGGUUAGCCAACUGUGCAGUAACUUGGCCGAAACCGAAAUCUAUUCGAUCACGAGUAAAGAAAUUUUGCAGCGAAGUCACAGCAAAGCAUUCGACGAUGGCACUUACUGGGAGCAGCUGAUCGAAGGUCCACUGAGGUACAUGCGCAUAAAUUUCAACCGUACGGUGGACCUGCGACGGGUUACGUUAAUGCUGCGCAUAAACCCGACAUUACGAGUGUUCACUAGCGACGCAAAUGGAACUCUGAGAACAAAAUUUUUUUACCUUCAAGCAGAGAGAAAUGUGCCCCUGCAGACGGACAUUACCGAAGACUUGCCAGUGACCAAGGUGUUGUUUCAGGGUUUCGACGCGCAGCUGACCUUCGAUGAAGUUCUUCUGAUGAACGUCACUGUUUGCGCCCAUGACUGUCGCGCAGUUCAGGGCUGCUUUGGAGACUGCAUCAAGCUAGUGAAGGACUUUGGCUGUACAGAGUGUAAAUGUCCGGAAGGAAGCUUAUCGAUCGGUUGCUCUGGAAUAUCGAAGAAAGACAUGCGUAAUUUGUUCGAUCCGGAAAAAGAGCUGAAGCCAGAAUGCAAAUUGGCAGUGGGCUUUCGCCGAAUGAUUGACGAAAAGUACCAUAUUGAUAGGUGUGUUCCGUUUACCUACUUGCGUUGUCCAUCGCACAACGACAUUAUUGUACCGAGCAGUAAAGUGGAUUGCCUGGAACACUGCUAUUGA